AUGGAGCUGCAGGGUGAAGAAGGCUCGUGGCAUCUCGAAUUUCGUGACGAUUGGGGAACUUGGGAAGAAAUCACUUCAAGGACAAGAGACAGACAGGGUUACUUAGGAAGUGCAAAUUUGAUAUUUUACGGGGCUUUGCCCAACCCACACGAAAACCACCUCUCCAUGUGCCCGUGA